CAAAUAUUGGUGCCCAAUAUAUCUUAGAAGAAGUUAAGAAUCCAACUUCUUCAAGAAAAGUUUCUGAUGAAAACUUAUCUCAAACAACAAAAGAUAAUAUAAUGAAAGAAGUUCGUUCAUAUUUCCAAGCAGAAUUUUUAAAUAUUUUGGAUAAUAUUAUCAUCUUUAAACCUGCUAAUAUCAAUUAUCUUUCUUCUAUUAUUCAUCUUCAAUUAAAAUUACUUAAAGAAGAUUUACAACAGCAAAAUAUUAUGAUUGAUUUAACAGAUAAAACUAUUAUAUUAAUUCUUAAUAAAUCUUAUAAUCCAGUUUGUAGUGUUCAUUCGUUAAAACGUUAUUUUAAAAGACAUAUAACAAGAGAACUUUCGAAAUUAUUGAUGGAAAUGAUUCUUGUACCAUAUUCCCAUGUCAUUAUUGAUAUUGGUGUAAAUGAUCCAUAUUAUUUCUACAUUCAACAAUCAGCAACAACAAGUUCAAUUUUAUCAACAAAAUCAAUACAUAAUCGUUGUCAUACUCACGAAGAAUCAGAUACAGAAUCAAUGAUCGAAACUGAUGAUGAAAAAGAAUAUGAUGAUUUAUCUAAUGAUUAUGAAGAUAAUAAAAGUUUAUGUGAAUCAUCGUCAAAACGAAUGAAACCAUCAAAAGAUUAA